AAUAUGACAAAACAUAUUGGAAUUGUAUUACACGAGAAAUUAUUGAAGAAUUAAAAUUUAAAAUGAAACCCGAGCGACUACAAUUCAUCAGAGUACAUGGAUAUCUUUCUCAUAAUAGAUCCGGAACUCAACCAGCAACGACUAACGAUAAUGAUUAUACAAAAUCACCAUAUUACGUUGAAAUAGCAAUGUACCUAUACUUGGUAUUACCACAUGAAUAUUCCCAGAUAAUUUAUAAUGAACCUAAUAAUAUGUAUCCACCCCAGUGGAUGACAAAGAAACAAAUGGACCACAG